UGCCACAUAAAUCAGUGUCAUAAAUCUGUGCGUCUGGUGUACGGAGUUAUGUGUCAGUGUCCCGAAAAAAUCCAAGGCUACGCAUAGCCACAAAAUAUCCUAGAUUCUUAUCUGCGGAGCGUCAAAUAAAAACUAAAACGGGGGAAAACAACUAAGAGCAGAGCAAAUUAAGUGUUUCGACGGGAAGCCCGAUAAAGUGAAAGCCACGCAGCGCGCGAAAGUGUAGAAAGUCAAGUGAAAGUGGCGGCAGCCGAUCCCUUUACAACAGCCCCUAAAGGAAAAACGUACAAUACAUACCCCCUCAAUCCCUUGACGUGUUUGGAAUGUUUAUCCUCGAGGCGUGAGCAUCUGAAAGAUGGCCAUCCUGGAGUCUUGUUGCUUUUGGAAGGAUGUGAGGAGUGGGAGCUUCGCCUGUGCCAUCUACACUCUGGUUUACUUCGGGUUCUCGACGCUGAUGUUUUUGUUCUACCUGCGCGAGGAACAGGAGUUUCUACUGGGCCAGAGACCCCAGCCGAUGGGCGAGAGUCUGCUGGAGAAGGGUGACGUGACUAUAGUGACUGUGAUAUUCAACGUUUUGUUUCUCUUUUGCUCGAUGCUGAUGGUGCUGGCCUCGGUUCUCCUGAUUGUGGGUCUCCAGCAGAACAAACGCCAAUUUUUGAUACCCUGGAUUUGCUUCAUGCUGGGCGACCUGCUCAUCGAAUGCUUCCACCUCCUCCACUUGACCCUCUCCCGCCGCGUUAUAUUCGACCCGAUUGUCGGUUUCAUCUUCACCAUGGACUUUUUUAUCCUGUGCCUAAACCUCUACUGCUUACUGUGCGUUAUAUCGCAGUACCAGGAGUACCGGAGACACCGGGCGGAGCUGCAACAGGCGGCCAGUGCCCCGUCGCCAAUUGUAGUCUUCACAGCUGCCGAGAAACUGAGCAAAUCGGAGCAGCUCCAAAUGCAACAGCAACAUCAGCUGCAGGAGCCCCACAACCAGAUAUUGCUGAACCAGCUGGAAACCGGAUCCGGAAAUGGUAAACGGAAUUCCCGGCGAAUGCUCGGUACAGGCAGUCCACUGAUCACCUCCCAGCGCCUAACCAACUUCUCCACCAUCACCGAGGAGGAGGAACAGCAUUCCAGGACACAUCCCGGAGCAAUCCAAUACCGAGGAACUGUCUCAAAUUCCAAUUAUAACCCAUGCAUCCAGUGAUGCAAGUACCAUUCGUCACUAAGCCAACGUGACAGGGAAAGAUUUAAGCCAACAGAGUCCACUUAUUUUUACAAAAACUGAAUGGAACGAUAAAGUCGAAUAAAAUAGAAAUGAAAAACUCCAGAACAUAUACCCUU